AAUUGUACUUCUAAAAAUGCAAAGACAAAAACGUCUUUCUCAAUCUUAUUGAGGAGUAAGAGGAAACAAUUUGUGGAAUGUGUCUUACUCUUUUCCACUUAGAUCCAAUCUCAUACAACAGUAGUCAAUGGCGAUUAACACACAGCUAGUUUUCAUACCUUCGCCAGGAGCAGGUCAUCUCAUCUCCGCGGUUGAACUUGCAAAGCUCAUUCUCAAAAGAGAUGAUCGUUUCUACAUCUCUGUCCUCGGCAUGAAGCUUCCCAUGGACCUAGGUGUUCAAUCCUACAUCGAAUCACUCUCUUGUACACCACGUUUGCAGUUCAUCAACAUCACAAUUGACGAUGAAACCGCUACUGGAUUCUUGUCAGAUAAGGAGACAUUCUUCACCAACUUCAUUCAGAGUCACAAACCGAAAGUUAAAGAUUUUGUGAAUAGCACACGAUCCACUUCUCGGCUAGCAGGCUUCGUGCUUGACUUGUUUUGUACCUGUAUGAUUGACGUUGCGAAUGAAUUUAGUGUUCCUAGUUACAUUUUCUUCACCUCAAGUUUUACGUUCCUUGCACUAGGUUUUCAUUUUGAAUCUUUGAAAAAGGAGCAUCAUAUAGACACCUCCAAGUACAGGGAUUCCGAUGAAGAAUUAAUAAUCCCUGGUUUUAAAGCCCCAUAUCCUGCUAAAUUCUUGCCAAGAGUGAUGACAGAUCAAACAGUCGCGAUGACCACGUUCUUUGAUUGGAUUAUUCGCUUCAAAGAGACCAAAGGUAUUAUUGUCAACACCUUUGCGGAGCUAGAACCUUUUUCUCUUCAGUCUCAUUCACUUCCACAAAUUUAUCCUGUUGGUCCUGUUGUGAAUUUUAAUGAGGGGGGUCACGGUCGGAACAGCCAAUCCGAAACAGAAAUUAUCAUCAAAUGGUUGGAUGCACAGGUAGAGUCGUCUGUAGUGUUUUUGUGCUUUGGCAGCAUGGGAAGGUUUGAUGCCGAACAGAUCAAGGAAAUAGCUGUUGCAAUAGAGUGUUCUGGUCAUAAGUUCUUAUGGUCCUUACGAAGACCUUCACCAAAGGGGGCAAUGGAGAUGCCAAGUAAUUACGAGGAUUUUCAAGAAGUGCUACCACAAGGAUUUAUCGAACGGACUAAUGGGAUUGGAAAAGUGAUAGGAUGGGCACCUCAAGUGGCAAUACUAUCUCAUCCAGCAGUAGGUGGAUUUGUAUCUCAUUGUGGAUGGAAUUCUACGCUCGAAAGCUUGUAUUUUGGGGUCCCAAUAGCCACUUGGCCUCUAUUUGCCGACCAACAGAUGAAUGCGUACGUGUUGGUUAAAGAAUGGGGGCUGGCAGUAGAGAUUCGAAUGGACUAUUUCAUGGAUAUCGAGGGGAGAUGUGAGCAUGUCGACAUUGUGGGUGCGAAGGAAAUUGAAUGUGGCAUACGAAAGCUGAUGGCAGAGGGCGAAAAGAGUGAAAUCAGGAAAAAGGCCAAGGAGAUGAAAGAGAAAAGCAAUGCAGCCAUGGAGGAGGGUGGUUCAUCUUAUGCAUCACUUGGACUUCUAAUUGAGGAUGUCAUUAGUAAUAUUUCUUGAUCAUUUUCUCUUUGGAAAAGGUACAAAUAUACUCUCGAACUUUGAUAAAUGGUAUAUAUACACUCUCCGUUAUACUUUAGAUACAAAUAUACCCCCGCCGUUAAUGAUUUGGUACAUAUAUACCCUUCUCAUUAACGGCGUGCCACGUAUCGCGAUCCUAGCAAUUUAUCCAUUUUUAUUUACGGAAAAAGUACAAAUAUACCCUCGAACUUUGAAAAAUGGUACAUAUAUAACCCCGUUAUACUAUAGGUACAAAUAUACCCCUACCGUUAAUGAUUUGGUACAUAUAUACCUUCUCAUUAACGGCGUGCCAUGUGUCGUGAUCCUAGCUAUUUAUCCAUUUUUAUUUAUUUUAUUCCCAAAUAAUUAAUUCAUCCUAAUUAAAAAUUCAUUACCCGACUCAUUCCAUCCCAAUCCGACCCGAUCCAAACUGAAGCUUCACGCGUGUGCGCCUAAAGCUUCUAAGAGCUGCAGAAGCAAACAAGGCAACUAAUGUUGCCAAAAUAUUUACGCGAGAAAAUCCUUACUUCAUGAUGACUCUUGGAGGUUAUAAAGUAGUAAGGAAUUGGAUUCUGGUGAGGUAAAUUGAAUGUGUCAAUUUUUUUCCUCUGUAAACUAUUCCGCAUGUCAGUAUAUUCAUACUCAUGCAUAUUAAUCUUGCAUUCUUCUUGAUGCAUACUUCAAAACUCAUCACAAUUUGCAGAUUAUAUUAGUUGACUUUGUGCGAGAGUAUAUGCCAAAGACUUCAGGUGUAAUUGAACUUCAAGAUUCUAAUGGAAAUAAGUAGAAUGCCCAUUGUAUCAGGAGGAAAAUGCGGAUGAUUUUAUACAAAGGAUGGUCAAAAUUUGUUAGGAAGAUCGGUUUAGUGGUAAGAGACGCGUUUAGGGUUAAAAUGCCUUCAGAUCUGGUUUGUCGCUUCCAUUUGCAUCAAUCCGUCGUUCAAUUCUGAGUCUCAGAAACUUUUGCCAUAAACACGUCUCUCAGAAGCUUCAAUUUGGAUCGGGUCGGGUUGGAAUGUAAUGGGUCGGGUAGUGGAUUUUUAAUUAUAGUGGAUUAAUUAUUUGAGGGUAAAAUAAAUAAAAAUGGGUAAAUGGCUAGGAUCAUGACGCGUGGAAUGCCGUUAGUUAGGAGGGCCUAUAUGUACCAAAUCAUUAACGAUAGGGGUAUAUUUGUACCCAAAGUAUGACGGAGGGUAUAUAUGUACCAUUUAUCAAAGUUCAGGGGUAUAUUUGUACCUUUUUCGUAUAAAAAUGGGUAAAUGGCUAGGAUCGUGACACGUGGCAUGCCGUUAGUUAGGAGGGCCUAAAUGUACCAAAUCAUUAACGGUAGGGGUAUAUUUAUACCGAAAGUAUGACGAAGGGUAUAUAUAUACCAUUUAUCAAAGUUCAGAGGUAUAUUUAUACCUUUUUCGUUUUUUCUUUCAUAAUCUUGGUGUCCGAGCAACACUUACCAAAGUAACUUUGUCCAUCAAGACUAGAAUUCCACAAUAAAUAAUUUCUAUUUAUGUAAAUUGAAGGGUGAAGGAAAAACCACAGCAAGAAAGUGAGAACUAAUUUAGUGUGUGAAACUAAUUUACGCUUCCACUUUUUUAUGCCAA